UUAAAGAAGAAAAAGGAAAGGUGGCAAUGUUGUAGUUAUGAUUAGAAUAAAGGGAUAAUGUACAGAAACUAAGUCCAAAGAAGUUGCAAGUUGAGGAUCCACUUGCUUUAGUCUAGCGUAUGAUGCAUGAUAAGCUCAUCUUCUUCAUCAUCUUUCCCCCAAAUAUUUCUCUACAAUUUUCUCUAACAAAAGCCUCAAACUAAUCCAACUUGACAGAUUAACCAUUUUCAAGAACAAACCUCUCUUCGUUUCAAUCUCUAUUCAUAUAUAUAUAUAUAUAUUUUUACAAAUCCUGCCAUUUAUUACGCAUGAAUCUUUAACCCUAACUUAAAUCAUAUCAAGAAACUUUAGCCAACUCAAAAUUAUGCCUGCUGCUUCCCUACAGCUCCAAAUACCCAACACUGCCACCACCACCACAACCACCACCUCGGCCGCCUUGUCUUGCUACAAGCAUUCUUGGCAGCCGCCAGUGCCUCUUUCUUGGGAUGCAGCCGUGCCUGACUAUGUUUCUUGCUACCAUACACGCUCCGUUGGUCCAGAUCAGUGUUGCUCCGCCGUGUUCAAGAUCAUAAAUGCACCUGUUUCCACUGUUUGGUCGGUGGUUCGCCGUUUCGAUAACCCACAAGCUUAUAAACACUUUGUCAAGAGCUGUCAUUUAAUCAACGGUGACGGGGAUGUAGGCACGCUUAGGGAGGUUCACGUGGUGUCAGGAUUACCUGCUGAAUCAAGUACUGAAAGACUGGAGAUUCUCGAUGAUGAGCAACAUGUUAUAAGCUUUAGCAUGAUCGGCGGCGAUCACCGGCUAAAGAAUUAUCGGUCAGUGACGACUCUUCAUGCUUCUCCAAAUGGAAAUGGUACGGUUGUUAUUGAAUCAUAUGUAGUUGAUAUACCAGCAGGAAAUACUGAGGAGGAAACCUGUGUUUUUGUUGAUACAAUUUUAAGGUGCAACUUGCAAUCCUUGGCUCAGAUAGCUGAGAACAUGGCCAAGAAUUAGCAAAAUCAUCAUCAUCAUCAUCAUCUUGAUUUGUUUACAAACGGGUUUUUCACAACUAAAAUUUUUUGGUUUUUGAUUCGGGUUCGGAUUAAUUCGAUCAUCUGAAUUGUCAAUGCCUGAAUUGGGAAUUUGUAGAUCCAUCAGCUAGCAGUUCAUGAAGGUGUUUAUAGUAUUUUGAUGCUAUAUAUGUCAACUUUUGUUUUCCUUCAAGACAUUGCUCCCUCAUUUAGCAUACAAUUAUAGUGAGAUUUUAUGUUUUACAUAAUGUCUUCUUGUAUUUAUUUAUUUUCUUUCUUCUUUUUUGUUAAUUAGUUCAAGUUAUUUUUCUCCUCUUUGUUUUUGUUCUAAAAGGAGAGAGGCUCUUAAUUUUGUGCCUUCUUGUAUAUAUUGUGUCUAGUUCCGCCUCUCUUCUUUCUUUAUUAUAUGUAUUUUCUUUUGGAGAAAAGAAUUAUAUUAUUUUAUUUUUGUAA